GGACAGAUGCAUUUUGUUGGAAAGUUCCAAUUUUGUUCUUCGCUUGCAGUACAUGUAUGCAAAUUAAAAAAAUAAAAGCAAGUAAUUACUCUAUUUAUUAGUCCAAAAUCUUGACUUGUUUUUCAGCUCAACUGAUCGGGAUCCAUGGCGACGGUGGAGACAGACGACGCUGCUGCGGGGCUCCGAUCUCAGUUCCUCCAAGUCCUUCGUAGCCGUCGUCCUUCUGAAGUUCCACUAUCUGUAAUACCGGGAAAACCUGUGAAGGAUCCUUUCUUUCAGGAAUCUCCAAAGCCAACCUUCAGUGAGGCAAUGGCAUCAUGCCCAAAGGAAGAUAUACCCAAUUUUAAGGAACUGCUUCAAGAGGAAAAUUUCUACCUGACUACUGAGGAAGGAGGGCAAGGGCUCUUGCCUGUAUUGGUAUUGAGCAUGAAAGAAAGUGAAAAGAAAAGGAGGCCUACUAUUGUUUUCCUGCAUAGCACGAACAAAUGCAAAGAGUGGUUGAGGCCAUUGCUUGAGGGAUAUGCUUCAAGGGGAUAUAUUGCUGUUGCAAUUGAUUCUCGAUACCAUGGAGAACGUGCGACCAGCAUCACAACCUAUCGAGAUUCCCUAGUGUCAUCAUGGAAAAAUGGAGAUACAAUGCCAUUCAUAUUUGAUACGGUUUGGGACUUGAUAAAACUGGCAGAUUAUCUUACUGAGAGGGAAGAUGUUGACCCAUCAAAGAUAGGAAUCACUGGCGAGUCUCUUGGAGGUAUGCAUGCUUGGUUUGCUGCAUUUGUUGACACUCGCUAUUCUGUGGUUGUCCCUAUAAUUGGUGUUCAGGGUUUUGGAUGGGCAAUUGAGCAUGAUAAGUGGCAAGCAAGAGUUAACAGUAUCAAGGCUGUCUUUGAAGAAGCACGUGCUGAUUUAGACAAGAGUGCAAUUGAUAAAGAAGUGGUUCAGAAGGUCUGGGAUAGGAUUGCCCCGGGUUUGGCGUCUCAAUUUGAUGCACCAUACACAGUUCCAACUAUUGCACCACGCCCGUUACUGAUUUUAAAUGGGGGAGAUGAUCCUCGUUGCCCACUAGGUGGCCUGGAAAUUCCAGAAUCAAGAACUCUCAGAGCUUGUAAAAAGACUAAGUGUCCUCAGAAUUUUAAGCUGAUAGCGCAACCUGGAAUUGGUCAUCAAAUGACACCAUUGAUGGUAAAAGAAGCAAGUGACUGGUUUGACAGAUUUCUUAAAGUAUAAUCACCAGUGUACAAUAAAAUCUUGAAGGAUAGCUGCUAAAGCUUGCAAUUUGUAUUAUUUGCUUGUAUUUGGACUUCCAUUUCUUUUUAUAUUAUGACGACUAUGUUUUCCACGA